CAUAAUGAAGGCCUUCUACAAAAGUCUCACUGUAAAAUGUCUGCAUAAUGUUAUAUUUCCAGUGGUUCAUGUCACAACAUAUAAUUAAUAAUUACAAAAACCAGAGACUGGUUACACAUUUUAGUUGUGCAGUACAGGAAAGUGUGACUUAUCAUUGGUUAAAAGUUAAAAGGCAAUAAUUUAACUUCUUUACCAUGAAAGCUUGGCUUUAAAAAGACUGAGAAGCUUUGCUUCAACACACCAAACACACUCUUCAGGAGGUGAGUGUUUACCUGUUUUAUGGAGGCAAACGUUUUUUUUUUUUUUUUUGAAUCAAUGUACAUUUGCUAUAUUUGUAUCAUUUGCUAGUUUUCAAAAAUGUUUUACUAUUAUCACUGAGAGCACUUCCCUUUGUUUCCCUAAAGACAGAUCCGCCUGUCUGACAUUCAGCCCGUAAUGGAGACUGCCAUUGGUGUGCUGGUGUCCCAGUUCAAGGCGUAUGCUGGUAGAGAUGGUUCCUCUGACACGCUGAGCAGGGACGAGUUUCAAAAACUGGUCAAGUCAGAGCUCUCCAGCUUUGUGAAGAAUGCUGGCGACCCUGCUGCCAUUGACCAGCUCAUGAGUUCAUUGGACCAGAACAAUGAUGGAGAGUUAAGCUUCCUGGAGUUCUGGCAGCUGAUUGGGCAUCUUGCGAGCAAGCAUGGGGGUUUCAGCCAAUAGAGUGUCUUCAAAUACUUUUUUUUUGUGGAAAGUUUAAUGUGUGAUACUGAACUUUCUAUGUGCCAUGGAAGAAAAGGGAAAUCCUCCAAAAUGGAAAUCACCUCAGCCAGUUUCCUCUGCAUAAGAGGCCAGUGAGUUUACUGACUGCACUAACAAAAGAAACUGUUUAAAUUUAGUCAGUAAAAAGGAUUUUUAACACUUUGCAAAAACAUUUUAGGGGUAAAUUUCUAUUAAUGUCUUGAUGUUGAAAAUAUGUAAA